AUGGCCGACACAGCUGAAGCUUCGGGAGCUGAUCACCAGCAGGAACCCACCAAGCGCAAUAGAGUGGUUGACUCUGUUGGGGAGAAAGCUCAAGAAGUCUUUAAGGAGGACUAUGCCCAGGCUCGAGAGCAUGUCACCAGCGCUGCCAAGAGCCGAUCCUACCUCUACCCGAUCAAGGGAAUUUUCUACUUCAUCUCCCAUCGCUCACUUUGGAAGCCAUUCGUCUCCAAGCUUGGUCCGCUGGUCCUCCUCUCUACCGGUGUCAUUGGUGGCAUGUUCUUCUUUACAUACUUGCCACAGCUCGCCGUACUAUUUUUCGUGAAUGGCCCUAUUGCGCCCUUCUCUGCCGUUCUGUUGGUUCUCAAUGAGAGUACCACCAUCAUCAACCUUGUGUCUCGCAACUACCUUCUUCAAGAUGCCCUUCUGGAUGUGUUUGAUGGUACACUCCUUGCCCGUGGAGAUACCCAAAUCGUGAGCGAGGGACGAGAGGUCAAGUCUGGGUCAGAUCCGAUGCAGAAGCUUGGCAAGAUCAUCAAGAGCCCCUUUGAAAAGUUCAGCCCCAAGGCCAUUGUCCGCUACGUGAUGUACCUGCCUCUCAACGCCAUCCCGGUUGUUGGUACGGUCAUUUUCAUCCUCAUUCAAGGUCGCACUCGAGGCAAGGGAGUUCACGGUCGAUAUUUCCAACUGAAGAAAUGGACGCAGCCCAAGAGAGAGGAUUGGCUUACCAAGAAUGUUGGCCCCUACACGGCAUUCGGACUAGUUGCCACUCUUCUCGAGAUGAUUCCUGUUGCUUCCAUGUUUUUCACAUUCAGUAACACAGUUGGAGCUGCCCUCUGGGCUGCUGAUAUUGAGGAUAAGAAUGCCUCGAUGACUGAUGGAACUGCCCCUACUCUGCGUGAAACCGCAAAAAAGGCCGAAUAA